CAUCUCAGUGGUACAGUAACUGAGCCAGCUACCACUUCUGAACCAGCAGUGACUUACAAAGUUGCAAUCAGUUUUGACAGAUGCAAAAUCACCUCAGUGACAUGUGGCUGUGGGAACAAAGAUAUAUUCUACUGUGCUCAUGUGGUGGCACUCUCACUCUACAGGAUCCGUAAACCAGAGCAAGUCAAAUUGCGUCUUCCUAUCUCAGAAACCCUUUUCCAGAUGAAUAGGGACCAGCUACAGAAGUUUAUUCAAUAUUUAAUCACGGCACACCACACUGAAGUUCUUCCUACUGCGCAGAAACUGGCAGAUGAGAUUCUAUCCUCCAACUCAGAAAUCAACCAAGUGAAUGGUGCCCCUGACCCCACAGCUGGGGCCAGCAUUGAUGAUGAGAACUGUUGGCAUUUGGAUGAAGAACAGGUGAAAGAACAAGUGAAACUCUUUCUCUCCCAGGGUGGUUACUAUGGCUCUGGAAAGCAACUCAAUUCAAUGUUUGCUAAGGUUCGAGAGAUGCUGCGGAUGAGAGAUUCCAAUGGAGCCAGGAUGCUGACGCUGAUAACUGAGCAGUUUAUGGCUGACCCACGACUCACACUCUGGAGGCAGCAAGGAACAAGCAUGACAGAUAAGUGCAGGCAGCUCUGGGAUGAGCUAGGGGCCUUAUGGGUAUGCAUCAUUUUAAAUCCACAUUGCAAACUGGAAGAAAAAUCCUGUUGGCUGCAGCAACUGCAGAGGUGGAGUGACCUGGAUGUCUGUCCCCUGGAGGAUGGGAACUAUGGGCAUGAGCUACCCAACAUCACCAAUGCACUUCCCCAGAAUGCCAGUCACAGCCCAGACUCCUUAUCCAGACCAAGACGAACAGUGUUCACUAGAGCCAUUGAGGGCCGUGAAUUACAUUGGCAGGACAGCCAUUUACAGCGAAUAAUAAGCAGCGAUAUAUAUACAGCUCCUGCCUGCCAGCAGGAAAGCGAGAGACUACUGUUUAAUUCCCAAGGCCAGCCACUGUGGCUUGAGCAUGUGCCUACAGCCUGUGCUCGGGUUGAUGCCCUGCGUUCCCAUGGUUAUCCAAAAGAGGCCCUCAGACUCACGGUGGCCAUUAUCAAUACUCUGAGGCUGCAGCAGCAACGGCAGCUGGAAAUCUACAAGCAUCAGAAGAAAGAACUGUUACAGAGAGGAACCACAACCAUCACAAACCUGGAAGGUUGGGUGGGCCACCCACUGGAUCCCAUUGGCUGCCUGUUUCUCACUUUGACUGAGGCCUGCCGUUUGAACGAUGAUGGCUAUCUGGAAGUGUCAGAUAUGAAUGAAAGCAGACCCCCUGUGUACCAGCAUGUACCUAUGGCUACAGGCUGCCCAAACAGCCAUGAGUCCUACCUGUCAUUGGCCCUGGAAGUUGCUCUGAUGGGGAUGGGUCAACAGAGGGUGAUGCCUGAAGGCCUCUACGCACAGGACAAGGUGUGCCGUAAUGAGGAGCAGCUCCUAAGUCGACUUCAGGAGCUACAGCUGGACGAUGAGCUAGUGCAAACACUGCAGAAACAAUGUAUCUUACUACUGGAAGGGGGCCCCUUCAGUGGUUUAGGAGAAGUCAUUCACCGAGAGAGUGUUCCCAUGCAUACCUUUGCCAAGUAUUUGUUCUCAGCUCUACUGCCUCAUGAUCCAGACCUGUCCUAUAAAUUAGCCUUACGUGCCAUGAGGUUACCUGUUCUAGAAAGCUCAACUUCUACAGGAGACACUUCUCACCCUCACCAUAUGGUGUCUGUGGUGCCCAGCCGUUAUCCUCGCUGGUUCACGCUUGGACACUUGGAAUCACAGCAGUGUGAACUGGCCUCCACCAUGCUGACCGCUGCCAAAGGGGACACUCUGAGGCUCCGGACAAUUCUGGAAGCAAUACAGAAGCACAUCCAUUCUUCCUCCCUCAUCUUCAAACUGGCCCAAGAUGCAUUCAAGAUUGCUACUCCCACAGACAGUAGUACUGACAGCACCCUGCUCAACGUGGCUCUGGAGCUGGGGUUACAGGUAUGGAGGAGGAGUGGGUCAUCCUCACUUUAG